UGUUGCCCCAUCUCGCCCUCGUCGCCUCGUCACGUCCACGGCUCCGGAAACAGGAAACAAACAGAAAAUGAAAUUCAAAAAAAAAAAAAAAAAAAAAAAAAAAAAAGAAAGAAAGAAAGAAAUGAAGAGAAACCCAGUAAUGAGAACCCCUGAACCGACCGACCCGCAUCUCCUGGCCCUGCCGUCGCGGGGCGCAUGCUUUGUAUUAGUGAUUUCUAGGGGGCUGAUCAGUUGAUUUGAAAUAAAAGCGAUUCAUGCCUUUUUAAAGUGCUUCUGCCUGCGUUUCCCUCCAGGGUUGUCGGCCCCUUCCUUCCCCUUUGGGUCAUUUUGCGUACUUGGUGCCAGAAGAUCUGAAGGAAGCACAUAUGGGAAUGGAGGUGAACUUAGAAACAGCUGGAAGAGGGGAAAAGCUGAUGGGAGGGGAAAAACUGGUGGGAGGUGAUGGGGGCCCUGGGCUGCCACCCUGACCCCCGGGGAGCUAUAGUAGAAAACGUAGCCCUGGCCAGGCUCCUGCACCAUAGGCAGAGCUGGGCUCGCAACCGCUCUGCUCGCUGCUGCUCCACUCGAGCCCCUCUGUCCAGGACCUCCGGUGGGGCAAUGGGGGCCGUGGGAGGCGGCUGGAACUACAGCUCCCAGCGUGCCCCGCGCGGCCACCCACGUGAUCACUCCGCCCAAUCGCGGCCGCUUCCGGGAUGCACCGCGCCAGAGGCGGGGAGAGAGACGCGGCUCCCGGCGGGCGCUGCGGUGCGGGCGGUCCCGGGGGGGCUUAGGGGGGGUUUGGUGGGGAGGGCGGCGCUGCGGGUACGACCCCUGUCCGGUGCCCCCAGCCCUGGCACCAUGCGCCUUUCGGCUCUCCUGAGGCUGGCAGCCCCGCCUAAGCUGCCCAAGGGUUACCGGCACGGCACCUGGCGGCCCGGCACCGCAGCCGAACGCCUCCGGAACCCCCCGGGGCAGCGCCGCAAGAAGAUCUUCGUGGAACCCAUCAGCAGAGAGGAUUGGAAGGUGUUCCGCGGUGACACGGUCCAGGUGCUGACCGGGAAGGACGCGGGGAAGCAGGGGAUGGUCACCCAGGUCGUACGCGCCCGCAACUGGGUGGUGGUGGAAGGGCUGAACACGCACUACCGCUAUGUCAAUAGGGAUGCCAAGUACAGCAGCACCUACAUCGCCAGCGAGGCCCCCCUGCUGCUCAACCAGAUCUCCCUGGUGGACCCUGAGGACCGGAAGCCGACAGAGGUGGACUGGAGGUACACAGAGGAGGGCGAGCGCGUCCGCGUCUCGCUACGCACCGGCCGCAUCAUCCCCCUCCCCCUGUGGCAGCGCCGGGACGGCAUCGUUCCUGAGCAGUGGAUCGAUGGCCCCAAAGACACGUCGGUGGAUGACGCGCUGGACAAAACCUACACGCCGUCCCUAAAGACCUUUGAGGAGGAGAUUAUGGACGCCAUGGGGAUUGUGGAGACACGCAGGGCCAAGAAGUCCUACUGGUACUAAAUCCUCCGUGGGACUUGGCCUGGAGCUGCGUUCUGUGCUCCAAGGGCAGCGGUUUGCAAUAAAGAUGCCCCUUUAUUUUUUCA